CUGGGGGCCCCCCCGGAGGGGGUGCAGGUCCCCCCGGUUGCCGGCAGGUGGCGCGGUCCGCCAAGGUGGGGGGCGAUGGCGGCGCCGGCGCGCCCGGGGAUUUGGGGCGCCCGCGCACCGGCUCCGGGCCUAAACGGCUCCGCGCUCGUCAUUAUUUGUAACCAUAGAGCAUGAAUUACCUCUUGAGGUCAUCAGUGAGAAUUUACGACUGGUCAACAAAAGCACGUGAUUCCCAAACGCACCCCCCACCCUCCCCCCAUAUUUGGCCGCAUACAUAGCAAAAACGAAGUACAGUGCAUCGCUAUAAUUCAUUAAUACAUCAUAAAUCGUCAAGCACAGGGUUAUAACGACCACGAGCCACAAAUCAAGCCCUCCAAAAUAACCCAAAUGAGCUCUUACUUUGUAAACUCGUUCUCAGGGCGCUACCCAAAUGGCCCCGACUAUCAGUUACUAAAUUAUGGGACCGGCAGUUCCAUGAACGGUUCUUACAGAGAUUCAAGCACCAUGCAUUCCAGCUCUUAUGGCUACAACUACAAUGGGAUGGACCUUAGCAUCAACCGCUCAGCCUCCUCUAGUCACUUUGGGGCUGUGGGGGAGAGCUCCCGCGGUUUCCCUUCUCCAGCUCAGGAGAGCAGGUUUAGACAGGCGUCAAGCUGCUCCUUAUCUUCUCCCGACUCCCUUCCCUGCUCCAACAGCGAGAGCCAUGGAGGCAAACCCGCCCCGUCCCCCUCCGACCAAGCUACUUCUGCCAGCACCACCAACACAAAUUUCACAGAACUAGACGAGACCAGCGCGUCCUCGGGAGCCGACGAGGGCACUCCAAUAAGCAGCAGCAUCCCCCGAGCGCAGGCAGAGCCCAUCGCGACCUCCACGGCAGCGACAGAAGGGCAGGCACCUCAGAUAUUCCCUUGGAUGAGGAAACUUCACAUUAGCCAUGACAUGACUGGACCAGACGGGAAGAGGGCGAGGACAGCGUACACUCGCUACCAGACCCUGGAGUUGGAAAAGGAAUUCCACUUCAAUAGAUAUCUCACCCGCAGGAGGAGAAUAGAGAUCGCUCACGCUCUCUGCCUCUCCGAGCGCCAGAUCAAAAUCUGGUUCCAGAACAGGAGGAUGAAAUGGAAGAAGGAUAAUAAACUGAAAAGCAUGAGCUUGGCCUCGGCGGGCAGCGCCUUUCAGCCAUAAAUCCUCGAGGAGGAAUUCUCGAGGAGAAAGAAGAGGAGGCGAGAAAAGAAAUCACGGAAAUAAAUAAAUAAAGCGCCGCAGAUCUUAGUUCCCGAGUACUGUACAGUGAGGCACCUUCUUUUCGGCAUGUUGUUGAUAUUCUAAAACGACUCGUAUGGUACCGUUGUCCCAGGACUGAGUUCAUGUCUUGUUCCGUUUGGGGGUUUUGUUUUUAAAAAAAAAAAAUCUUUUUUUUUUUUUUUCCUUAAUUAAAUUUUAUUUCCAGAUGCUCCUCAUGCUCUUGUUGUUCUUAUAAAUGUUAUGUGUCCGUGCUCUCUUGAUGCUUUCUGGAAAGCCAGCAUGUGUUCUGUGAGCCCUUUAAAUGUUAUAACUUAUUUAUAAAUUGAGAACAGAUACGACUGUUUGUUUAUUUGUUGGGAUUUUUUUUUCCCCCCUCUUUUCUGAGUUUACUGCUUUGGGGUGAGUUCUUCUCUGCCUAAGCUAAAAUCGGGGGUUCCUGCACUACAGUCGCAGAAAAAAAAAAAAAAAAAAGUCUAAAAAACCAAACAAAAAUGUAAAAAAUGGGGGGGGAAAAAGAAAAAAAAAAAAAAAAGAAGCAACUCUUGUAUCUUUCUGUCUUAAAAUUGUCCAGUCUGUGUUUUAGUCCAAACUUCAGGCCAGGAUUUCUAAUCCCAGGCUGAUUCCGAGACGUACUCUUAGACGUGGCUAAACUUCACUAUUAAAAGGAGGAAAAAAAAAAUAAUGUAUAAAAUCGGACCAACAAUGGAGUGCUCUGAUGUUUGUAAAUACUAGAAAUAUUUCCGAUGUGACUAAUAGCCGGGUCGUAGUGGGCAGAGUGAAUGCAAUGUUAUGUGUAAAAAUGGCAUCUGUCAUGUCUAGCUGCCUGUUAGUACUUUGCCAAUAAGCUUUUUGUAUUUGUUUGUAGCUUUACUCGAAGUCAAAUAAACGUUUCUCCUACUCACAAA